UGUGCCCACUAUACUUUAUUUAGGUAUGUAUCUCUUAAUCUAGGCAGAUCAAAGACCUUGUAGGUCAGGACUUCGUAGUCGUCUUUUUCUCAGCACAAUAUGUGACACACGACUGCCUUCUAUAAACGUUUAUUUCCUGUACACCGGACGGGGUGGAAAUCCAUGGAGUUAACGGAAUAUUCACAUUUCCAUCACUGUACCUGGUAGAAUUUUGAUUCAUCAUGGAUAAUCUGUCACCCGAAGACAUUCAACUGAGGGCUAACCAGCUUACUGAUGAGUCUCUGGAGAGUACAAGGAAAAUUCUAGAUUUAGCUGUUCAGUCUCAGGAAGCAGGAAUCAAGACCAUCACCCUGCUGGAUGAACAAGGGGAACAACUAAACCGCAUAGAAGAAGGCAUGGACCAGAUAAAUAAAGACAUGAGAGAGACAGAGAAGACUUUAACAGAACUCAACAAGUGCUGUGGCCUUUGUGUCUGUCCAUGUAACAGGACGAAGAACUUUGAGUCUGGCAAGGCCUAUAAGGCAGCAUGGGGAGAAGGGGGAGGCAACUCACCUAGCAACGUGGUAUCCAAGCAACCAGCCCGAGUCACAAAUGGGCAGCCCCAGCAGCCAGCCACUGGAGCAGUCAGUGGUGGAUACAUUAAACGUAUAACCAAUGACGCCAAAGAGGAGGAGAUGGAGGAGAACCUGACCCAAGUGGGCAAUAUCCUGGGAAAUCUAAAGAACUUGGCCUUGGACAUGGGCAAUGAAAUUGAUGCUCAAAAUCGACAAAUAGACUCAAUCACAAAAAAGGUGGAAGCCAACAAAGAUCGUAUUGACAUUGCCAAUACCAGAGCAAAGAAACUCAUUGACAGCUAAAGCUAUUGCUGUACUUCAUUAGCAUUUAUUCACUUCUCUAGCUGCUCCUCCCACACCUUUUCAGAGUUGGAAAUUUUGAUCUUACACUGUGCUAAUUGGGAGGUAAUGUAGAAGGGCCAGUAGAGGAACAACCUCCCUACUUUAUUUGCUGUUUCUCUUGAGGGUAGACUACCGCUCAACCUUCACUGUUUGUUUUCUAUUCAUACUCUUAGAUUGAUUUUCACACGUCACAUCGAGUAAGAAAGGAGAAAUAUCAUCCUCUUCACCUCAGCAGGUUCUUUUGCUUUCACAUUUUGGAAGCAUUGCCAAAGACAGCCGUAAAGAAGGCAGUUGUGGAAGUAUUUUUUGUUUUUAUUUGUUGGCUUUAGUUUGUAGUAGGUGAAGGAUAAGAGAGAAGAGGUUUUUACCUCAGUAAAAGUAUGCAGGUCACAAAACAAAAAAUUACAUUGCCACAAUAAAGAUCUAGUCUUGUUUAGUUUUUAUUUAAGUUGCAGUGUUUGCCAGUUAAGGUUAGGGCUUGGUUCUGGAACUUGUAUACAUAGUAUCUUUGUCCUACAUCACAAGUUUGUAACCUCUGCCACAAAGAGUAGAAUAAAACAGUUUUUUUCAUGUAAAUUUAGUUGGACAUGGUGUCAUGCACCUGUAAUCCCAGCAAUUGGGAGCUUGAGGUAGGAUCACCACAAGUUCAAGGCCAGGCAGGGCUGCAUAGUGAAUUUAAAGCAUUUUGAAUUCUAGAAAUUUAUGCAUGUACAUAGAUUCUGUGACCCCAGUUCAUAUUGCACAUGCAGGAUCACUUUGUACAGAUGAGUAGCUUUUUAUUUUCAUAUUGGUAAUAGUUUCACAGUCCCAUUAUAGACCUAUUAACCACAUAAGAUUGUCAUUAGUGUUUGAAGAAAAAAUGUAAAUAUAUAUUUGUAACAUGAGAAUCUUUAAAGCAAGCUUAAAUUGUUUUUGGAAAAGUUUGACGAAAUAUGUGAAUUCAGAUUUACCUCAAUGCUAAGAAUUAUGUUUAGAUAAAAAACAGAAAACUUACUUUGAUCUCAGGUAGAAAAAUAGAUUUGAGUUUUACCUAGCUUUAUAUGUUUAAAAAGUUAGAAUAGACUUACUGUCUCACUAAAAAUGCUUUGGAAAUUACACCUUUGGUUGUAAUUGUUGGUGAUUUCCUUGUUGUUCUGUUAGCCCUGUAUAAUGAACUAUGUCCAGAAUCAAGUUUUAUGUAGAUCCCAAACACUAUUAUGGGAAUAUAAUCAGUAUUUGUCACCUUUAUUUAAAAACUAGCAUCUGCACUCUUCAGAGCUGUUGGUGUGAAUUGGUUCCACCAAUAACGACUCGUGGAUUCUUAUAAUUAAAUUUUGUAACUAA